AAAAAACUUGGCUGAUAACUCGGAUUUAAAAAGAAAGGCGAGGAAAAGUCCCAGCCCCUUGCCUGCGCGGUCAGGAGGAAGGGAGGGCGGCCGGCGCGGCGGGCCGGGCGCGGGUGCCGGUGUCGGCGGCCGCGGGGCGCCUGGAUGCGCGGGCUGUAGGGUGUCGGGCAUGGCCGACAAGCGGCGGUCCUCGCCAGGCACCACCAUGAGCCUCAAGGCUCACGCCUUCUCCGUGGAGGCUCUCAUCGGGGCCGAGAAACAGCAACAGCAGCAGCCGCAGCAGCCGCCGCGGCAGCCCAAGCGGCGGAAACUGGGCGGCGAAGACGAGGCGGCGGAGGACGAAGGGGGCAGCGGCUGCUGCGCCAAGAGCUCCCCCGCCGCUGCCGCUGGCAGGACCUGCGGCGACAUGGACCUGGGCUGCGGUGCCCGCGCCCCCGCCGGCGGCUGCGAGGAGGGUUUCCUGGCGGCCUCCCCGCCCGCCUCCCCCGGCGGCUCCCCCAAGGGCUCGAGGCCCGGGUCGCCGCUGCCCACGCCGCAGGCGCCGCGGGUGGACCUGCAGGGCGCCGAGCUCUGGAAGCGCUUCCACGAGAUCGGCACCGAGAUGAUCAUCACCAAGGCCGGAAGGCGGAUGUUUCCCGCGAUGAGAGUGAAGAUCUCAGGUUUAGACCCACAUCAGCAGUAUUAUAUUGCUAUGGAUAUUGUGCCAGUGGAUAACAAAAGAUACAGGUAUGUUUAUCAUAGCUCCAAGUGGAUGGUCGCUGGUAAUGCUGACUCCCCAGUACCGCCUCGCGUUUAUAUUCAUCCUGAUUCACCCGCUUCUGGGGAGACAUGGAUGAGACAAGUGAUCAGCUUUGACAAACUGAAGCUUACCAAUAACGAGCUGGAUGAUCAAGGGCAUAUUAUCCUUCACUCUAUGCAUAAAUAUCAGCCUCGUGUCCAUGUCAUCCGAAAAGAUUGUGGUGAUGAUCUGUCCCCUGUCAAGCCUAUCCCUUCAGGAGAAGGGGUGAAAGCCUUCUCCUUUCCAGAGACAGUUUUCACUACUGUCACAGCAUACCAAAAUCAACAGAUAACUCGUCUGAAGAUUGAUAGGAAUCCAUUCGCCAAAGGGUUUAGAGAUUCGGGUCGUAACAGAAUGGGGCUGGAAGCUCUGGUAGAGUCCUAUGCCUUCUGGAGACCUUCACUGAGGACGCUUACAUUUGAAGAUAUACCUGGGAUACCCAAACAAGGAAAUGCAGGUUCCUCUACUUUACUCCAGGGAUCUGGCAGUGGAGUGCCAUCUACCCACCCUCACCUUUUACCGGGUUCCCCUUGCUCAUCUCCAGCCUUCCACCUCAAUCCCAACACUAGCCAGCUGUGUACCCUUGCUCCAGCUGACUACACAGCUUGUGCCCGCUCAGGCUUGACCCUGAACAGAUACAGCACUUCCUUGGCUGAAACCUACAACAGGCUCACAAACCAAACCAGUGAGACGUUUGCACCCCCGAGGACUCCCUCCUAUGUCGGUGUGUCGAGUAGCACAACUGUGAAUAUGUCUAUGAGUGGCAAUGAUGGGGAUGCAUUCAGCUGCCCACAGACUGGCUUAUCUAUGCAGAUUUCAGGGAUGUCUCCACAGCUCCAGUACAUCAUGCCAUCCCCAUCCAGCAAUGCCUUUACCACUAAUCAAACCCACCAAGGCUCCUACAACACGUUUAGACUGCACAGUCCCUGUGCGCUCUAUGGAUAUAACUUUUCCACAUCUCCUAAACUGGCUGCCAGUCCUGAGAAAAUCGUUUCUUCCCAAGGAAGUUUCUUGGGGUCCUCGCCAAGUGGAACCAUGACGGAUCGGCAGAUGUUGCCCCCUGUGGAAGGAGUGCACUUACUUAGCAGUGGGGGGCAGCAAAAUUUCUUUGACUCUAGGACCCUAGGAAGCUUGACACUCUCGUCUUCUCAAGUGUCUGCACAUAUGGUUUGAUGAAGCCUUUAAGUAAAAGUACAGUAUGUUUGGUGUCUACAA